CGAGUUGGAUGAGCGAGAGGGAGAGGGAGAGAAACUCAAGCAAUACCGACAAGGACCACGCGGCACAGAAGACGGACGAAGGCACGAGACAUGAUCCAAGGAUUGAGGUGCCUACGGAUACACUCCAAACAACAUUCCCACAGGUAAUGGCUGGGAUAAGCGUGGAAGCUCUGACAGACAGCAGAUAAUAUGCCAUCGCAGACGGCACGGCUCAUGCUCUGUGGCACGACCUGGCACGCGUAAAGAUGAGUUUUUUCGCUCUCCUGUGUCUCCCCGCAUGCCUCGUGAUCACCCACAGCAGCGGCAGCAUCCACGAGAGAUCGGUGGUGCCCCGCGCCGUGUCCCGUUCCGUGGCCCGCAUGGACGGGGACGUGAUAAUCGGCGCGCUCUUCUCUGUCCACCACCAGCCGUCUGCCGAGAAGGUGGCCGAGCGGAAGUGCGGGGACGUCCGGGAGCAAUACGGUAUCCAGCGGGUGGAGGCCAUGUUCCACACGCUUGACCGCAUCAACGCCGACCAACACCUGCUCCCCAACAUCAGCCUCGGCUGUGAGAUCCGAGAUUCCUGCUGGCACUCCUCUGUUGCCUUGGAGCAGAGCAUCGAGUUUAUCCGGGACUCUCUCAUCUCGAUUCGGGAUGAUAAGGACGGUUCCAAAUGGUGCAUCGACGGAACCCCGUCCAACCAGCCACCGCCUUCAAAGAAACCCAUAGCAGGAGUAAUCGGUCCCGGAUCCAGCUCUGUGGCCAUUCAAGUGCAAAACCUUCUACAGUUAUUCAACAUUCCACAGAUUGCCUACUCUGCCACAAGCAUCGACCUGAGUGACAAGACUUUGUUCAAGUACUUCCUAAGGGUCGUUCCUUCAGACACUCUGCAGGCCCGGGCCAUGCUGGACAUCGUCAAGCUUCAUAAUUGGACCUACGUGUCUGCAGUCCACACUGAGGGAAACUAUGGGGAGAGCGGCAUGGAGGCCUUCAAGGAGCUGGCCUCUCAAGAGGGCCUGUGCAUCGCACACUCGGACAAGAUCUACAGCAACGCCGGAGAGAAACACUUUGAUCGCCUUUUAGGGAAACUACAGGAACGUCUGCCCAAAGCUCGUGUGGUGGUGUGUUUCUGCGAGGGCAUGACGGUCCGUAAUCUUCUGAUGGCUAUGAGGCGACAAAGGGUGCGUGGGGAAUUCCUCCUUAUUGGCAGCGAUGGAUGGGCUGACCGUUAUGAAGUGGUGGAGGGUUACGAGGAGGAGGCGGAGGGAGGAAUCACCAUGAAGCUGCAGUCGGAGGUCGUGAAGUCCUUCGACGACUACUACCUGAAGCUGCGUCUCGACAAGAACACCAGGAACCCCUGGUUCGCCGAGUUCUGGCAGUAUCGAUUCCAGUGUCGCCUUCCGGGGCACCCACAGGAAAACAAGAACUACAAAAAAGUCUGUUCUGGAAAUGAGGGCCUGCACGAAAACUAUGUUCAAGACAGUAAGAUGGGCUUUGUCAUCAAUGCCAUCUACGCUAUGGCUCAUGGCCUUCAUGAUAUGCAUAAGGAGCUGUGCCCGGGCCAGACGGGACUCUGUGAGGCAAUGGAUCCAAUUGAUGGCAGCAAGCUGCUGGACUACCUGCUCAAGACAUCCUUCAAAGGAGUGUCAGGGGAGGAUAUUUACUUUGAUGAAAACGGAGACACCCCAGGCAGGUAUGACAUCAUGAAUCUCCAGAAUGUUGGUGACGAUCGCUUCGACUACAUAAACGUAGGAUCCUGGCAUGAAGGCAUCCUUAGCAUCGACGACUACAAGCUGUGGAUGAACAACAGCGAGAUGGUUCGUUCAGUCUGCAGCGACCCCUGCUCCAAGGGACAGAUAAAGGUGAUAAGGAAAGGUGAAGUGAGCUGCUGUUGGAUUUGCACGACCUGCAAAGACAAUGAGUAUGUUCAAGAUGAGUUUACCUGCAAGGCCUGUGAGCUGGGAUGGUGGCCCGACGAAGAUCUUGCAGGCUGCCAGCCCCUGCCUCUGAAGUAUCUUGACUGGGCCGAUGUGGAAUCCAUUGUCGCGGUUGCUUUCUCCUGCGUUGGCAUCCUGAUCACCUCCUUUGUCACCUUCAUAUUCAUCCAGUACCGUGACACGCCUGUGGUUAAAUCCUCCAGCAAGGAACUCUGUUAUAUCAUCUUGGCAGGCAUAUUCUUGGGUUACAUCUGUCCGUUCACAUUAAUCGCUCGUCCCACUGUCGCUUCCUGCUACCUGCAGAGACUCUUGGUAGGCCUCUCUUCUGCCAUGUGCUACUCUGCUCUGGUGACUAAAACAAACCGAAUUGCCCGUAUUCUAGCUGGCAGCAAGAAAAAGAUCUGCACCAGGAAACCACGCUUCAUGAGUGCCUGGGCCCAAGUCAUCAUUGCCUUUAUGCUUAUCAGCGUGCAACUGACUCUUGAGAUAACGCUCAUUAUUCUGGAGCCUCCCGAGCCCAUCAAAUCAUACCCAAGCAUACGUGAGGUCUACCUCAUCUGCAACACCAGCAAUGUAGGCAUGGUGGCACCGCUGGGCUACAACGGCCUACUUAUCAUGAGCUGCACCUACUAUGCCUUUAAGACGAGAAACGUCCCUGCCAAUUUCAAUGAGGCCAAAUAUAUUGCCUUUACAAUGUAUACUACCUGCAUCAUCUGGCUUGCCUUUGUGCCAAUCUAUUUCGGCUCAAACUACAAGAUCAUAACCACGUCUUUCUCUGUCAGCCUGAGUGUAACGGUAGCCCUGGGGUGCAUGUUCACACCCAAGAUGUACAUUAUCAUUUCCAAACCAGAGAGAAACGUCCGAAGCGCCUUCACCACAUCCGACGUGGUGCGAAUGCAUGUCGGCGAUGGAAAAUCUGCAGCUCAUUGUGGGAGCACCAACUUCUUUAACAUGUUCCGUCGGAAGAAGGCGAUUUCUGGAAAUGCCAAUUCUAAUGGCAAGUCUGUGUCAUGGUCUGAAUCAGGUCCCAGACACCCUCCGAGGGGGGGGAAUGUGUGGCACAGACUGUCUGUGCAUGUGAGGAAACAGGAAGCCGGCUCGAAUCAGACAGCGGUCAUCAGGCCCCUAACUAACACCCCCGACCCCCACAGUUGUGAGCCCUCCAACGGCAACCAUGGCACAGACCCCCAACCUCCACAGGACACGCCUGGCACCAAGCCUCCAUGCAAUAAGGCAGAGGAAGACGACCAGGGGGAUGCACAGCGCCCCCUCUGGACCCCGACUUGCUCAGAACAGAAGCAGCAAGGACUGGAAUUUGAUUUAGAUGAGCCGGCUUCUAAUUUGCCCUCCGACUUCAUACACCCAACCCAUGAGUGCUUGCAGGGGGCGUUGUUGAACACGCACAGCUCUCAUGUCCCUGCACUAAAAAGCUGCACUUCCUUUGAGCAAAUUCCUGCCAAUGAGCCUUUGAGCCUGAUACCCUCUCAGUUUCCUUCAGACCCAAGACUGGGGGAAUUUGAGGACGAAGGGUCUGAGGAUGAGGAGCUGGACCUCUUGCACAGCUACAUUUAUGACGCCAAGGAGGAGGGGGAGGGGGAUGAAGGAGAAGGUGAGGAUUUAACUCCAAAUAAGACCAUCCUGGAAGAUUCUCUGGCUCUGUCUCCCCCCUCCCCCUUCAGAGACUCGCUGUGUUCAGGGGAUUCGGCAAACGGCUCCCCCAUCAUCGAUUCCAUGCUUGGUAGCUCGGUCUACACCUCAAAUAUCCUCCAAAACUUUGCACACAGCUCCUCAACACUGUGAGAGCAGAACCGGCGAAGUCAAUGGACAUUUGUUUAGAAACAUCCAGAUACACACAAACAACUUUUCAAAUUUUUCAUUAAGUGAUUUGCUCGCUUGAAUUUAUUUCUUUUAUUCAUAGGUGAGUUAAAAAAAAGAAGAAAAAAACAGUUUAAGGAUAAAUAUAUGAGGAAUUAUUUACUGUAAAAGCGCUUUUGGGAAAGGCUGCUAUUGCAUGUUUUUUCAAAAAACAUUUACAUGGAAGAGUGCCAAAACCAAUCGGAGGCUUGUGCUAUGAAGCAGGUUUACUGGCUUAUUGAAGUAGCUUAGGCUUCCAGAUAAGAUUUUAACAGACGUGUGAAUCAAUUAAAAGGACAGAGAUGACUGAAGAGUGAAGCAGUGUCUUCUGUCUCUCUCUAAAUUAGUUUCACUGAGAUGCUGUUCAUAAAGUACAUCCCACCAGAAUUGAUAUUUAUCUAUAUGUAUAACAAAGACUGAAUCAUCCAAGGUUUUUGCUUAAAUAUUAAAGAAUCUUUAAUUACAUAAUGUGACGUUGUAGAUCCUAAGUGACUGAAAAUGAACUUGGAUAUUUACAAUACCUCAUUACCUGGAAUGUAUCAUUUUUAACUUGAAUAGUCUUUAGGGUAAAGUGUGCGGAACAAUCAUUUUCUUAAUAUUUUAACUUUGUCUCAGGUCUCAAUAACAGGAAACACCUGCCCUGCAAACACUGGACAUCCAACUUUUCAAUAUAUUAACCUCUUACACCCUAAGUGAGCCGAGGUCACAUGGCAGCUGGACCCACCGGUGGGUCCGUCUGGUUCUAGAGGUUAAGAGAGUAUUAAACAUUCUUUUAUACACGUAUUUAAUUUUCCACUUUUCAUUUUGCUGUUUAGAUUAGUGGAUCUCAUUUGGUCUGGCUUCAGGUAUCACCAACAAACCUUAAUGACAACACAUAACCCAAAUGAAGUCAACUCUACAACAAUUUGGAAUAAAAGUAUGCAAUUUGGACCUUAUAUGGUAGAAUGGGCUGAUACAGUAUGCCAUAGUAUAAACACACACACACACACACACGCACACACAUUUUCCCUUUCACACUAAAUUACUAGCAUUUUAUUGAAAACCAACUUACUUUAGACUUGUUUGCCUUUCUGUAGCAAAUUCAGAAGUGCUUUCAUGCUCAAACAUGAAUGGAAAUUUCAACUAUUUCAACUUCUGAGAAUGAAUUUCUCUGUAGUUGAACUAAAUGUUCAGUCCUCAUCCACCAUGCUAAAAAUAACUGGUUUAGACAGAGGACAAGACAGGUUUAUUAUACUGUAAAUAUACUUCUCCAAAGUAUAUUUUUCUGCUUCUUCAUUGUCGUUGAGUCUCUGACAUCAAAUCUGUCAAUCUUAUAGACUGACCAAGGGUUAGUUAAGAUAGUUGAGCUAAAACAAAAAACCUGCUUUGUAGCACCGGCCUCUUGUUUCAAGCCAAACGAACCCUGGAAAUCACGAGAGAAGAUAUAGCUUUGGUUUUGAUGGUGCAAACAAAAGGUCUGUAAGAAAAACAGUUUUACUGAGAACAUAGAGAUGUAAGGAUACAUAAAAAUCACAGUUUGGUAUGUACCUCGUCUUUAACACCAGAUGGGAAAACAUCUUCAGUAUGGUGACAUUGAGGACAACAAAAGUUAAGUUUUCUUGGGGUUUUUUUUUAUAUAAAGUGUACCUGACUACAAGCUUCUUGCAGAUUUUCCAUUUCCUAUUUUUCAGUUUAGUUUUCUAUGUUUUACUUUUCAGAGUUUGACUUGAUUAGCAUAUGUGCUCAAAACUUGUUUUUUAUUUUAUUUUAUUUAUUUAUUUAUUUAUCAGAAAAUCUUAAAAUAAUGCUGAAACUGCCUUUCCAUUUGGUAGCUUGAUAAUGCAUAUUUAACAGUUCUUUGGAGAGUUUAACAAAUUUAAAUCAGUUGAAACUUAUUUAUUUAAAAAAUGUACUGGGCUAUUCACGGUUUUUUAAAAAAUAUAUUUUUCAUCCAUUUGAAUAAAAUAAACAAACUAGAGACAUUGGAGUUUUAACUUCUCCAUGUUUCUCCAAAGUUGGAAAAAAAUGCAAUUUAAAAACUUAUGAACUUUAAGUCUACUUGGGAACCAUGAACCUAAUAUUGUUCUUGUAUUAAAAUUAGUGGGGGGAUCAGCACAACCUUUGGAUAACCUUAGUUUCUACUAUCUUAUAUGAAGCUGAUAGUCUGCUCGAUGAAAUGCUGGUGAGGGAAACUAUAAUGUGGCUUUACUAUCUUACAAAUCUGUUUAAAAAGGAAUAUAGUUGCAGACACAUACCAAAAAUGAUAAAUAUGAAUUAAUCUGUCGCUAUUCUAACAAAAAGACAAGUUUCAUGUCUUUGUUAGAAUAAAUGCAUCUCAUUCUUGUCUGGAUCAGAAGAGUAAAGAAAUCUCAGCUAUGUUAAAGAUAUUCUGUUUUAGUUCAUAUAACCUCCAAUAGUUUUGUCUUGAGACCUAAGUGAGACUUUAAUACAACAAAAUAUUAAGAAAUGUGCCAAACAUUGGUUACAUGCUAAUUAUUAAAAGGUCUCAAACACCAAAUAACGAUACAAACUGCCAUUCAGUUGAAGCCUUGAGCUGUAUGAUAUGCAUAUCAUGUGUCAAUCCCUGGUUUUAACUCUUUUAUAUAAAUUAUCCAAUGAAGGUGUUCGUGUGAUUGUAGAUCAUGGCAUUGCUAUUAACACAGUUUAUACUAAAUUAUAGCCCUAGGAAUGAGUUUUAAUGGUAAGAAAGGUGAUUUAAUGAAAAUAAAAAAAGAAAUGUUUUUUCUUCCUUUUCAUGCUGCGCUGGUAUUUUUCCACAUUUUUCAAAGUUUUACUGUGUCAUUGUAUUUGAAACACAGUACAAGUUGUACAAGCUCUCAAAGUUUUUAAUACUGUUUAAGCCAUCAAUUGCUUUUUUUCACAGGUGGUAUGUUUGUAAAAUGGAUAAAUGUUUAUAUAUUUAGAAUGUGAACAGAAAAAAAGUUUAUACAUUUUGAAACUGUCCGCAAAAGCUGUGCGUUUGAAUUUUUGGUAACUUUUAAGCUAACUUGAGUUAACUGUAUCCUCUUGCUUUCUGUAAUGGGAUCAUACAUGUUUCAGUUUCGCUUAAAUCUUGCUAUAAACUUAAGUAGUUGAAUUAAGACUAGAUUUCUUACCCUUACUUUUUUAAAUCUUUAAGAUGGAAAAUAAUUUUAAAGUUAAAGGACUACAUGGUACAUACUAUAGUGCAACUGUAUUGUAUUUCCAAAUGUUUUUAGUCGAAAAUAGUGUAAGUUGUUUAACGAUUUAAGCUGAUGUAAAAUAUACAAGGUGCCACCUGUUUUAACACUGUUGAAUCUAGAGUGAAAUAGGCCUUCAUGUUUUGAGUAAACUGGACAUGAACAAUGCUGUAAAAAUAAAAGUUAUUUAUAUCUAGAA